UCAUCGUGGUGCCGAGGCUUUUGCAAACCAAAAAUGUCUGCCUAAGGGAAACUCGUAACUGAUAUAUAUAGAGGAUAUUUUGCCCAGGUAUUGUCGUUUAAACCCAAAUUUCGCUCUUUUGAGGCGUAUUGCAAGAAAGGGAGUCUUCACCAGAUCACCCUAGUCGGGAUUUUAAUCGGAAAAAGCUCGUGGCCAUGGUCAUUUCCUGUGACUCCGCUGUUGAAUAAAGCAGCCACGCUGUGACCUGAUGGACUGUCCCUGUUUUCUUCAGGUUUCUAGAUCGCCAGGAUGAAUCCUCAGCAGCGGAUUGCCGCUCUCGGAACAGACAAGGAAUUAAGUGAUCUGCUGGAUUUUAGUGCGAUGUUUUCUCCACCUGUGAGUGGAGCGAAGAACAGGCCCACCACACUCGGAAGCAGUCAGUUCACUGCAUCAGGUGUAGAUGAGCGGACCAACCAAGCGUCUUGGGUCCCAGGUGGCGAGUCCAGUCCCUCCUAUGAGUCCUCCCGGGGUUUUGCUGACAGCCCUCAUUACAGCGAUCAUUUGAGUGACAGUCGAUUAGUGUCCCAUGAAGGAUUGUCCCAAACACCUUUCAUGAAUUCGAACAUAAUGGGUAAAUCGGAAAGGGCUCCAUUUCCUGGCUAUGGGAAGAGUCCUGGAGCAUCUAGUGGCCAGUCUUCUGUAAGGUCGGACGUCGGUUUGGUGAGUCCGAGUCCAGUGACUCCAUCAGGGAAGUCAGCUGCUCCUUUCUACUCCUUCACUGCAGCCAAUCCCAGAAGACGUCCUCUACAAGAUCCCCUGUCCAUCGAUCCUCUACAAACAAAAAAGGUUCGCAAGGUCCCUCCUGGCCUGCCUUCAUCUGUGUACGCACCAUCUCCAAACUCGGAAGACUUCAAUAGAGAUUCACCUUCCUACUCUUCUCCUAAACCCUCCAGCAGCAUGUUUGCAAGCACUUUCUUUGAUGGUACCCACAGUUCUUCUGACCCUUGGAACUCAUCCAAUGGGAUCAGUCAGCCUGGCUAUGGGGGAAUGCUUGCCGGAUCUUCAUCUCACAUGCCACAGUCAGGAAACUACAGCAGCCUGCACUCGCACGACCGUUUGAAUUACCCCGCACACUCAGUCUCUCCAGACAUGAAUGCCAGUCUUCCUCCCGUGUCCAGCUUCGGCCGAAGCAGUGCCAGCACUUCACCAUUCGUCAACGCAGCGCACACCCCGUCCAUAAGCUCAGCUGAUGGGGCCAUGGCAAAUCGGGGGAACGCCACUGGAAGCUCACAGACUGGAGAUGCACUGGGCAAGGCUUUAGCCUCCAUUUACUCACCUGACCACACUAGCAGUAGUUUUCCAUCCAACCCAUCGACACCUGUUGGUUCUCCUUCACCUCUAACAGCCACAGCAGGUGCUGCCUCAGCAGGUAUCACGGUGACUGGUGGCGGCACCCCGUCUGGAAGACAAGGUACCAACCAGUGGCCCCGUGCUGGUGGACAGAGCCCCUCCUCUCCAAAUUAUGAGAACUCCCUUCACUCACUGUCUCGAAUGGAGGAUCGUCUGGACAGACUGGAUGAUGCAAUCCUUGUUCUGAGGAACCAUGCAGUGGGCUCCACUGCCAGUCUGCCCAGCGACAUACACAGUCUGCUGGGACAGGCACAAAAUGGGCCAAUAGCAGCCCUUGGAGCAAACUUUUCCUCUUCUGCAUUGGUUCCAAGUCGGACAGCAGCGAUGGGGGGUGCCCACACUGACGAUGCCGCCAGCCUGAACAACAGCCAGGGAGGCGUGGUCAGCGUCAGCUCCCCAUCCAGCACAGAGCUCCACCACCAACUGGAAACCUUCCGAGGUCUUGCUUCAGCCCUGGCUGGCCAUUUGCCUGCCGCCCUGGAGCUGAAGGUGGAGAAACAGGACAAGGAUGAAACGAACGAUAACCUCUCCACCGAUGACAAGUCUGAUGAUGAGAGCGACAGAAGAGAAAUGCGUACACCCAGAACAGGCACACGCACGAGUUCUUUCUCCCACAGCAUCACUGAGGACGAGGACCUGAAUCCGGAGCAGAAGGCGGAGCGUGAACGUGAGAGGAGGAUGGCUAACAACGCCCGUGAACGACUGAGGGUGCGAGACAUCAACGAGGCCUUCAAGGAGCUGGGUCGCAUGUGCCAGCUGCACCUGAAGAGCGAGAAGCCCCAGACUAAACUGCUCAUCCUCCAUCAGGCUGUGGCCGUCAUACUUAACCUGGAGCAGCAAGUCAGAGAGCGGAAUUUGAACCCCAAAGCAGCCUGCCUCAAGAGAAGGGAGGAGGAGAAAGUGUCUGGGGGCUCCGGUGACGCCCAACAAGCCCACACGGGGGUCCAUCCAGGCCUGACUGAUGCGUCUAACCCCAUGGGCCACCUCUGAGCAGCAGACAGAUCAGUGAUCCACAUCUUUUCUGUCCCGUUUGAGUCAGUGACCUUGCUUCCCGGUGACAGACAGGACUCACAAUUUGAGACACCAAUUGGAGCAGACCACUUGAAGCAAAACUACGAGACUAACACAAUCCAAUCCUCAAAAGAUUGAAGAAGAGCUAAGUGUCCAGCUCCCAGUUUUCAUCUGCAAAUUUCUCCCCACAAAGAAAAUAAUCUUCAGCACAUAUCACCGUCUGUAAGAAGUGUUGUUGCUUCUGAACAAUCAGAGACUUUGCAAUCUCCUCUCAACCGUAAGUGGAUAUUGCCUUGUGCCUAAACUGAAUUGACGAAUGCAUUGUAACAGCAAUUUGUUUUUCUUUGUUGUUUUGUUUUAUUUUUUCUUCUAUUUAUUAUGUUAUUGAGCUAAAAAAGUGUUUGUCUAAAGGGAAAGUGGAGUCAUUUCAAAGAGAAGUAUGCAGCUUUUCAGUUGAUCUAUAGUUUGCCAAUGUCACCCGUAAAACAGAGCACUCCCCCCUCGUAAAUCUUUGGCGAGUCCAAGAUGAGGGCAAAUAUUUGGGCACUGAGAAGAUUAAUUUAUUGGCUAGUUCAAACUGAUAUUUAUUUCUAACUGAAAAUGUUCUUUAGCUGUUAGAAAUUAAGACGCAAGCGCCCCAUUUAAAAAAAACAGAGGAUAUACUAUUUAUAUUUAUAUUUUAUUCAUUCUGCCACUGGCCACACGUGUAACCAAAACUACCUGUUUGUUUCUGUGUAGUUUAGAUCGCUUUCUGACCAGCUGAAUAAUUGGCUCGAGUACGUCAGCAUUAACAGAAUUGUCUACAAAGGUUAGAGACGAAUGGCAAACUCUACGUUUACUGAAAGCUCAGAUGUAGUUGUUUUUCCCUUCAAUAAUGAGCAUCCCCUGCAUAUUUUUAUUGUCUUAACUAAAAGAAAGGGUCCUUCUUGUAUAGUGUUAAAUGUAAGCAGUGACAUAUGUUUGCAGAUUCUUGUCUUUGUUUAACCUCCUGACCGUUACAUUCUCCUGACAUCAGCACAGAAGUGGAUUUUUUGUCAUUUUCCCGCCACCAGCUAAUCAAAGAUUGCUUGACUUAGUUUUAAAAAGAAAAAUGACAACCACACUUUCUUCUGGCCUGAGUAAAUUUUCAGUUAUGCUUAUAUGUGUUGUAACAAGUCAUUUCUUCCAGCAUUAUGACGUCCUGUUUCAGUCAGUGUAGAGUACUUCUAAAUUAUUUUUCUAUUACGUAUUUCAAUAUACAGUAAGCCAGACUGGAUAUUUCGUCUAUUUUGGUGAAUAUCAUAGAACUGUACCACAAUGAACAAAAACACAGGAUUUUCUUUUGUUUUGAAGACAUUGUUCAUGAGUUUAAUUUGUUUUCCCUAUCAGUGUGCAUGCUUUAUGUCUUUGGUCUUAACACUUUGUAUCCAUUUUAUUUCUUUGUAUAUUGUCUUCUGUCAUUAGCCACACCUCAAACAAGGCAUUCAGAAUGAGAUUUCUGUACAAACAAGUGACUUAAAUUAGAAUAAAGAAGACCACACCAAGAGUUUACAUAAAAGAUUUAUGUUUUUGUGAAGAAAAAAAACAUCCUAAACCAUAUUUGUGUAAUCUCUGACUGAAUUUGGCCUUGUUCUUCAUUUCAGUGUUCAUGAGCUUGUAUUAAUAUUGACAGAUUUUGAUUGCGGCUAAAAUGUAUGUCACUUCCUGCUCUCUUUUUUUUUUUUUUUAAAUUUUCUGUUCUUCCUGUAUUUCUUUGCUCCUCUGUUUGCCAAGUUAGACUUAUUUCUGUAUUUCCAUAUGCUUUCCCAUGUAUAAUAUAUGAGAAAAACAGAAAAUCAAAAGAAAAAAAACAUUUGGCUUAUUUUUCACUGUAGUUAGUCUUUUAUACAAUAAUACUGUAAGAAUAUUUCUUGAAUUCUAAAUAUUACUCUUUCUAGAUUUUUGAAAGCAAAAGUUUUGAGUAAAAAGUUUCUUACUUUAUUUUACUAUAUUAGAUAGUAAAAUGUACGGUUAUCCACAAUAGCCUGUCCAUUAUUACAAGACUAGAUUUACAAACGGCAUCUUGUGAGCAUAGCUGAAUUGUUGCUCGUAGUCUAGAACUUCAAAAGGCUUCGUACGAGCUCCAGAUUCCUAAAAGUGCAACCUCCAUCUUACUUUUCAGUGUCUCGUUGUUGAUUGAUAAAAGAUUUGUUCUUGUGUCAAAUGAAAAGCUAUUGUGGAUGCACAUCAAAAACACGAGAAUUUGAAUUUUCUGUCUUUUUCCAACAGAAAAACACAAUGUAUAUAACAUUUAUGUUGCAAUAAAUGUGCCAUCUUUUUUUA